UGAGCAGUGUUGAAGCAUGAAGCGGCUAUACAUCGGUGGCCUGAGCCACAAAAUAUCUCAGAAAGAUCUCCGAGAUCAAAUCGGAAAGUUUGGUGAAGUGACUGAUGUGGAAAUAAUAACACGGAAGGAUGAACAUGGAUCUCCUCUGAAGACCUUCGCUUAUGUGAAUGUAAAUAUCUCGGAUUCCGAAUACAAAAGAUGUACCACAGUGUUGAAUAAAUCCAAAUGGAAAGGUGGAACGCUGCAAAUCGAACUGGCGAAGGAAAGCUUCUUACACAGGCUCGCAGAGGAGCGUCAGCAAGCAGCCGAGAAGAUUCAGACACCGAGGAUUGAUGCAAAGACAAAAAUCGUGGAGUCCUUCAAGGCAGCUGGUGUGGAGAAUUUCCACAUGAAAUCGGCCGUUCCAGGAACCGAGAUCGCAGGGCAUAAGAAUUGGGUGGUGAGCAAAUUUGGAAGAGUGCUUCCCGUCGUUCAUCUGAAAUGUCAAGGCAAAAACAAGUUCCUCAAGUACGAUCCAUCAAAACACUGCCACAACAUCAAGAAACUUGAGACCGGGGACGGCUUUACCCCAGUCUCCAAACUGACGUGGCAGUUAGAUGGCGGGGACGACGAGAUCAGCAAGAAAAGACGAGGCGAGUUCCCACCGCAGAAAAAACGUCCCGCGAAGGCAAUAAAGCGAUUGGAUCCGAGCACAAUUCCGCAUUCUGCGCCCGCUCCUGCGAGAGGGACGACGAUGCAGAAUAGUCACAGUGUCCCACAUUUGCUGCGAGAUCGUAAGCCUCCUGUGAAUGUGUUCUACAGCGAUGCGGACUCUGAGGACGAGCUCCGGGUGCUAGUGGCACAAGAGCUUUCACGGAAUCAUGCAACAGUCGCAACAGAAGAUGAAGGAAACCUGGAGGUAGUGGGUGAUGACUUUGUUGUGAAAUCCAACAUGUUCUGGGGCGGAGGGGAAACCGGAAUAAGCGCCCAACUUGGUUCAAAGGCAUCAAACAACGAUGAGGAGUACGACUCAGCGGACACAGAUGAAAUAUUGACCCAGAACAAAACUCCUGGCAAAGUUGAAACAGGCAGUAAAACAUCCAAAGGUAAUGAUGGGAAGAAGCCUGCAAUCAAAAACACAAAGAUUCAGAGAUCUACUGAACCAGAGUCGGAUGAUGAGGCGGAAUCAUCGUGUGAAAGCAUCGAUUCUGAAUAUGAAGCCAUGAUGGGGAACUGCCACAGGUUAGAGCUGUCACUAGCAGAUUUGGCGGCUCUUGUUAAAAAUAAAGAGAAUGAAGAAAGUGAUGAUGAUGAUGAUGAUGAUGAUGAUGAUGAAAAGGCAGAACCGAGAGAAAUUUCCAAAGUAUCUCCUGUACAUAAACCUGGUCCUCAGAGAACACCGUCAAAAAAGUGUGGCAUAAACCCUGAGGACAUUUUAGCAUCUCUUUUUGGACAAGACGAGGACGAAGAGGGGAAAAAGGAAAAAGUCCAAAAGUCAUGUCUUCCUGCUUUUGUUGGGACGAAGGACCUUUUUGGUAGCACUACCGAACACAGUGGACUCAAGAGACUGGCUGAAAAAGUGGCAUUUGGUGAGGAAGGUAAAAGAUUAAGACUGGAAGAUGAAGUUGAGUCAUCAAGUGCUCUAAACAAGAAAGAGGUCUCUAUGGAUUGUUCCAGUGAUGAAACGGAAAUCACUCAAGAACCAAAGAAGCUCAUUUCUAAACCGAAUUCGUCCCUAAAAGAAAAGGACAGGACACAUUCCGUGCCUAAAAUUGUGGCAUCUUUACCCCAGACUAAACAUUCAGCCAGGAGCAGUUCAUCCAGUGCUGAAGAGGAGAAUGACCAAUCUGUCCCCUCAGGACCCAAAACCUCGAAGGUGCAUGAAAGAUCUGCUUCUGAUAGCUCGGAUGAAUCAGCGAUGAGCAGUGAUGAUGAUGAGGAAGAGGAGGAGGAGGAUGAUGAGGAGGAGAAGGAGGAGGAGGAUGAUGAUGAUGAGGGUAAUAAGCCAGGUGCAGCCUCAAAGUCUAGUUCUCAACAGAAUAAUGUAAAUGCUGCUUUAGGUCUGAAACCGUUGCAGCAGUCUGUUUUGGACCCCGUGAAGCAGCAGCAGGACAAUCAGAAGCGUCUGGCUGCUUUGGAACAGAGACAGAAAGAGUCUGAGCAACAGAAGAAGCUCAUACAGGGUGCGCUCUCAAAAGUGGAUUUACCGAAUGCAAACAAGGGGAAACAUAUUGUAUUUGAUUCUGAUGAGGACGUUACUAAUGACACCGAAAACACAGCACCCCAAAAAGCGAGCCUUUUCGGUGAAGACCCAGAUGAAGAUGAUGGAUUUGGAUCUGAGGAAAAACAAGCCCUCAAAGAAAAGGAAUCGAAAAAGGCAGCGGCUAGCAAACUGUUCGACAGCAGUGAAGAUGAGGGUGGUGACGACGACGAUGAUGAUGAUGCCGCAGAUGAAGAUCGCUUCAAGAUAAAGCCUCAGUUUGAAGGCAGAACUGGACAGAAGCUCAUGGAGUUGCAGUCCAGGUUUGGAACUGAUCCAAGAUUCCAGAUGGAUUCCAGGUUUCUUGACAGUGAUGGUGAAGAACAGGAGCAAGAUAUUGAACCCCAGCAAGCACCGGGAGAACAGGAGCUUGUUGAAGAGAAGAAGAAAAAUCUGUCUAUCCUGCAAAGUGUCCUUAACAUCAGCAUUCAGCCAAGUGACACAAGUAAAGGGACGACAAAAGGCAAAAUCUUUAAGGACAUUUCAGCACUGCACUACGAUCCAUCGAGAGAGACUCAUGCAGCUUUUGAAACCAAGACAGAAACACCACAGAAAGAAAGCAAAUCUGCAAGGAGAAAGAAACGCGAAGAGGCCACAAAGCUUCCAGAGGUUUCUAAGGACAUCUACUUUGACGUGACGAUGGAUCUAAAAGGGGCAUUUGGGUCUGUGAAAGACAUCCAAAACGAGGACGAAGUGGUUGCAUGGGACCAAGGUGAUGAUGAGGAGAACAAGGAUGAAGCGCCUCAAGAAGACAUGCAUGCUUUUUCGUUUUUAUCUAAUCAAGAAUCGGAGCCAUCGAGCGGGUUUAAAUUCUCUUUCUUCGGAGAUGAUGCAGUGACGAAGAAGCCUAUAGCGGAGGAAUACAAGGUCGAGACUAUAAAAGGAGCCAAGGUGGCUUGGCAAGUGGACCCUCGAUUCCAAGACAGCAGUUCAGAGGAUGAGGAGGAACAGGAGGAAGAAGGAAAAGAAAAGGAAGAGGCUGUCUCGGUCACUGUAGUCAAACAAGCGGCCCCAACGAAAAAGUUUUUCUUUUUUUUCGAUGAUGACAUCCGGUUAAAAGAGGGGCCCGCUAUGUUCUGCAGACGAAUGAAACUGGAGGAUCAGAGAGAGGCGUGGGAGAAGAAGAGGAACGAGCUCAGAGAGGAAUUUCACAAGAAGCACAAAGAUGCCAAAAGACGAUUCAAGAUGACGACAAAAAUCUGACCCACAACCACAGAAACUAAGAAUAUUCUUUCAUUGUUAUAAUUUAAUACCUCAACAUGCUUAACAUACAGUAUGUAUUUGUGUCUGUGUAAUUAAAACCUGUGUAAAUAAAUGUGUUUUCUCACGGA